UGAUUUGCAAAAUGAAAUAUUGCACUUAUGCCACUUUCCAUUACAAGCGAGAACUUUAUCUUCCCUACAACGUCAAAGCAAAGGUUAUGUAUUCGGAUGCUUUAAGCGAUAUAUCACAGUAGUUGCAGCAUAGCCAUGCAUAAUAACGGCGUAGCUGCUAUCGCGCAGCGUCAGUAUUCUCAGUCUUCUAUAGCACUUAUCACUGACAGCGAAAUUUGCAGAAGUCUCAGACCUUGAGAUCGAUGAAGGUCCCAGUGACCCGGCGGCAAUGAUGGCAACGCUCAAUCUGGAACGGCCACCCGCUCCCAAGUUGUACAGCGAGGGCGUCAUGAUCACGAAUAUUACUCAAAGCUUCACAAAUGCUGCCCACCGUGUGUUACCAGUCACAAACCCAAAAGACUUGUGGCAUCGAUCACGUGCUAACGACUUGCUUGUAGAGCUCAAACUAGGGGAUCUCGUCAAGGAUCCUUUUUUUACGCUGUUUGAUGCUGUUGCUGCACUAGAGGUUCGUAUCCUAUAUUUACAAGCGGCUGGGCUGAUCUUCAAGUAUAGAUUAUGGAUCCUAAAAUGGAUAGUGGGUAUCUCGCUCCUGGCGAGACCAUGGAGGACGAUUAUGAUUUUACCCAGACACUACUUCCAGAGGAAGUCUUGGGUAUCAUUGAUCAGCUUCUCUGCCAUGAGGUAUGAUGGAACUUGAUACGGCCCAAAAUGCACGCAGUCUGACUAUGUGUAGAUGGCCUGGCACAUGGGACACCCGCUUGCUCAAACAAUCUUUACCAGUUUAUACAUUGAUCGAAUCCUGUAUCCCUCUCCUUCGAGUCUCGAAGAGACCUUCUUUGAUAAAAGCGAGAGCUGCUCGGAAAACGAACCUCUCAUGUUGCAAAUUUUGAGAGCGUACUGUCUGGGUUUGAUAAAAACUUGUUGGUAUGUCAACAAUCGAGUCAGGUCGGAACAUUUCUACGAGGUAUUUCCCAUUUCUCACAUAUAUUUGCAUGAAAGCUUAUACUCGUGUAGGAGGAAGAUUUUGCCACCCACACUUUCCACAGAAAUCUUCUCGAGGGUAUAGAACAUAGUGAAAUUCUCGAUUUUAUCAAGGAGACUAGGGAAUUAGUUUUGCGGGUGGACAACAUACCCGACGAUAUGAAGGAAGCUCUGAAGGUUCGUCUUAGUUUCCGACACGCUUUUCUGGAGGCCGUCGAUAUAGCAGAUUCAAGAUCUCCAGAUGCGAAAGUAUUCUGGCGUGCGACGCUUUCGUUCAUACCCGAGUUGAGAUUAUCCAGCAAACUUGCAAAAUCUGUUCCUCAGUCAUUCAGUGUGAAGUUACAAAGGAAGCUCGCAAGUACAGUACCUCCACGUCCAAUUGUUAUGAUGGGACAAGAGAGUGCCUACGAACAUCUGGAGAGGAUGUGUAAGGAUGGCGAAAACGCAGUUGAUAUACUUGAUUAUGCUGAUAGUCACAGUCUCAUGGUGAGUUCAAUAUUGAUGUUGGAGGUUAUCUAGAGUCGUUGGCUGACUAUGCAUUUACAAGACUUUCGUUUCAUUAUUCCAAGCACAGAAACCUCAACCAACUGUCUACAUUCGGACUUUACUUCAAUACUAUAUGUUUGCAGAUAUGGUAGUCCUAGGCAAAAUGUCUAUUCGGAAAGUACUCGAUGACGAUCUAGCAAGUCUUACCUUGCCAGCAAACCAGCUCCUGGACAGUAACAACGAUGAAAUUGAAGUCACUCAUGAUCCAAGAUUCCAUAUGGCUCAAAGAAUGGAGAUAUUUCGAUCACGCGCCGCCAACACAUACAUUGACAUCAUGCGCACCAUGUGCCAGAACCGAUGUCGCAUGCGUAGAACACUUUGUCACACUAUAGUUGAUUGGGAUAACCUUCAGCUUGAUGGUGAGGAAAUCGACCAGGAAUUAAGAGAAUUCACGAAAGAAGAACAAUUCAUAGAUCUGAAAAUAUCUAAUGAUCCCAUCUACGCUUUCCCUUUAUCAUCUUGGGCAUACUAUUACAAGCUUCGCCAGAUGGAGUGGAUAGUACAAUUAGGCUUUGAGCUUCAGGUUUACCAACCAGAUGAGUUGUCGGGAAUGUACUACUAUCUAAAUCAUCUUUGCAAAACAAGGAGUCGUCAUCUUGAGCGAAUUCGAAGCGAAGUCAUGCGAUCUUACUCUACACGUCGCAAAGCAUCGCUGCUAGACGCUAGCCAGCAAAAGGAAUUUGCCAAUGCAAUUUCUUUCAUUAACUUCUCCAUGUUAGAAGUCACUUCGACGUAUGGUUUUGCGGAUGCAUUAUCUUCACUACUUGAGGCCCUUCGCCGGCUGGAUCUCAUACCCAUACCUCCAAGACCAUACGGCAACGACAUCAUGCGUUACGAAGUCCGCAUGAAGCCAUUCUCUACGAUUGGCCUUCCUGAACCCAUGCCAUUCGAGACCUUCACAUACAACGUUACGCAGCCGAAAGAAUCUACGCUCGAUUUACUUUUGAUCGCUGCAGAGGCCACUGCUGCAGCCAAGAAAGGAUUCGAGAUCCUCAGUAAACUCAACCCCAAAGAUGCCUAUUGUCGCGGAUCUCAUGAGAGCUGGGUGAAAGAUAUCAAGAAUUGUUUGAAAGCAUGCAUCUUCACGGGAAUCUCGGUUGCAGCUGUGAAGAAAGCCAUUGAAGCUGCGGGUGACAGUAAAGUGGAGAUCCAGGUAGAAAUCCCAACGACGGGCAAAGGGUAUCAUGAUUGGUGGAUCGUGCCCAAAGUUCUCGCCGACCAGAAAAGGUAAUGAUGCAUCAUCGAUUUUUAUGUUGGGGACCUGGGCUGUAGUUCGCAAAAUGGCUCAAAAUGACAUCUAUGGAAUUCGGAGGGGAAGGGGUUCCUCCGAAACCUCCUCGCAGAUAUACGCUGUGCUUUCCGAAGCUGUUGCAUCCUAGUGUGUAGGCGUGCGUAAACUUGUCGGACUGAAUCUCCGCGUCUUCUCUCUCUCGGCAUCAAGGGGUUUAGGGAAAACCCUCAGAUUAGAAAGAAAGUCGCGUCACAGAAAGGCAGGUAAUACAACCCUUUUGUACCUGAAUAUUCCA